AUGAAGCCAUUUGUGGACAUUUAUUUUACUGAAGAGCCAUUGCCGCUUGAGGAGCAAUUUAAUAAGGUGAACCAACCUUUGAAGAGAACUCUUUAUGGCAGCCCGCUGAAAAAUCAGGAUUUAGAUAACCAUAUGGAUUCAAUGGAAAACGAAGAGCGAACUCCUCUUUUAAACUCUCAGAACUUUAAUAGCGUGUAUGGAUCAUCAUCUUAUAGCUAUAACGACGAUUUUGAAUAUUUUCCGGACCUUAGUCAACCGCUGCCUAAUAUUUCCUUUCGUGAGCAACUUCGUUUAACUGCAGUGAAUCGCGGCAAAAACCUCAGCUGGCAGCGCAGUCAUAAGAAGCGUCUCGAGGAAAUUUGGCUAUCCCAAUUUUCCAUGGAUAUUUUGAGAGACUAA